AUGGCUGUAUUUACUCACGUUUUCGCCACAACGCCAAAACAGAGUUUCUCACAUCGCUGCCGUGACGCUGACCGUGAGAGAAUUGGAUUUGCCAUUCGCAGUAAGACUCGUCCCAGUCCAAAUCGAGAGCUGCCGUCGCCGUCGCCAUGAAAAUGUCGCUUGCUUAAGUUCGCUAUUAGGUGGUGACGACAGUAAUGCUAAUGAAUUUGGUAGUGGAGUUAGUGGUGAUAAGGGUGGUUAUGGAGGCAAUGAAAAGAGAGGUUCUGUUGAUGGUGAAGGUGAUAAUGAUGAUGGUGAAGGUGAUGAUCGUGAAGGUGAUGAUGGUGAAGGUGAUGAUGGUGACACUGCAGCUGCCAAUCUUCCAUCGAAUGUUGAUGACAUGGUCUUGUUGAGCAAUUUUAAGGAUUGGCUAUCUGGUCCAGAUGGUGGAAGAAAAUAUGCUAAAUGUGCCCAGCAAAGUAUGCGACAGGUUGAGAUGGUCAUGGGUUAUAUCAGCCCAACUGCUCCAUCAAUAUCAAGCCUGUUGCAUAAGGUGGUGUUGAGAGACAAGUGGCUUACCACAUUCGAGAAGGAGAAGAAACCUGGCACGGUGAAGUCCUACCUUGGGACCCUCAACAACUUUUAUGUCAGCAUAAAUUUAAAGAGCUGGGUGUUAGUGAGGCUCAAGUGGUCAGCCUCUCUGAGCAAGUAAAGAUAUGGGCCAAGUCUUCUCGGAAAAUGUCCCAGGAUCGUUUUUGGGAAAAACGGCUGGAAGACAUUGAUUCAUUAAAAAUGCCUGAACAAAUUAAACAGUUUGAUACGUCAGAAGUUGCACGAAAGGCAGUGAAGAUACUAGGUGAAUUUCAGAUAAACCCAGAGAUUCCGAUGUUGUCAAAGGCAGAAUACACGAUUGUGCGGGAUUACUUGAUGACGCAAAUUUGCAUCAACAAUGGCAGUAGAUCUGGCCCCAUUGCCAACAUGACGUUGGCGGAAUUUAAUAAUGCGACAAAACAAGACGAUUGCAUUGUCGUACAUGUUAAGAAACACAAGACAUUUACUACGCACAGACCAGCGCACAUUGUCUUGUCCUCUUCGCUUUGUGAAUAUGUGAAAAUUUUUAUUGAACGAUUCAGAAAUGCCCUACCAGAAGUCCUUUGUUCAUCCCAAUCCAUCGUCUUUUUACGUUUUACAGGCACAGCACUGGAUUCUUCACAAUUCGGUGCCCAAAUUGGCUCAUGUUGGGGCAAGGUUUUCGGGAAGGAAGCUUCCAUGGGUGGGGCAACUGCUUUUAGAAAGGCUGCAGUUUCCACUGUCCAUGAGUCGAAUGAAGAGAUGCGGGGUGAUCCUGCUGACCUCAUGGUCCACAACCAGGCGACAGCAACCAAGUACUAUUUGUUAAAAAAUAAAGGAAAGUCUGCUGUCAAAACCUCCAAGGAACUGUCUUGCAUUAUGCGUGACCUGACUGAGACAGAAGCAAGCAAUGAAAUUGAAAAGGGUGAAGAGCAGCAACCGCCUAACAAACAGAUCCAUAUAUCUGGCGAUGUCAUUUGCCAUAGGCACAAGUGGUCAAUUGAUGAAGAAAAGGCUGUAAAAGAUAUUUUUGGUAGCCAAAUUCAACAGAAAAAAAAUAUCUUUAGACGAUAUCAGAAAUGUUGCAAAAGACCACCCUGUGCUGAAGAACAUUGCUGCUUAAAAAAUCAGGGACAAGGUACGAACGUAUUUUAAAGACUCGUCAAGCGGUGACUCGCCUUUGCCACCACACGAAGAGGAGAAAAAAUGAAACGUUUUGGUGUACCAGACACUACAGGUAAGUUAUCGCAAAUAGAAAUCAGUGCCGUAGCCAGGAUGAUAAUUGGGGGGGGGGGGACACAUAUUCAUAUAUUUGUGUUCACAUACCAUAAGAACAAUUGAUUUCAAAAGAAAUUAAUAAAGCAGAACAUGAAUAUGUGCCCCCCCCCGGGCAAUUAUCGUUCUGGCUACGGCACUGGAAAUAAUUAUUUUCUCUUACCAACAAUUAUUGUUUUGUUCUUGUUUCCAGUUAUCAUGUGA